AUGAUACCUGAGGAGAUUUAUAUCUUAAUGCUGAGGGACGAGGGAAGCUAUGACGUCAGUGACGAGGGAAGCUAUGACGUCAGUGACGAGGGAAGCUAUGACGUCAGUGACGAGGGAAGCUAUGACGUCAGUGACGAGGGAGGCUAUGACGUCAGUGACGAGGGAGGCUAUGACGUCAGUGACGAGGGAGGCUAUGACGUCAGUGACGAGGGAGGCUAUGACGUCAGUGACGAGGGAGGCUAUGACGUCAGUGACGAGGGAGGCUAUGAUGUCAGUGACGAGGGAGGCUAUGACGUCAGUGACGAGGGAGGCUAUGACGUCAGUGACGAGGGAGGCUAUGACGUCAGUGACGAGGGAAGCUAUGACGUCAGUGACGAGGGAGGCUAUGACGUCAGUGACGAGGGAGGCUAUGACGUCAGUGACGAGGGAGGCUAUGACGUCAGUGACGAGGGAGGCUAUGACGUCAGUGACGAGGGAGGCUAUGACGUCAGUGACGAGGGAGGCUAUGACGUCAGUGACGAGGGAAGCUAUGACGUCAGUGACGAGGGAGGCUAUGACGUCAGUGACGAGGGAGGCUAUGACGUCAGUGACGAGGGAGGCUAUGACGUCAGUGACGAGGGAGGCUAUGACGUCAGUGACGAGGGAGGCUAUGACGUCAGUGACGAGGGAGGCUAUGACGUCAGUGACGAGGGAGGCUAUGACGUCAGUGACGAGGGAGGCUAUGACGUCAGUGACGAGGGAGGCUAUGACGUCAGUGACGAGGGAGGCUAUGACGUCAGUGACGAGGGAGGCUAUGACGUCAGUGAGGGAGGCUAUGACGUCAGUGACGAGGGAGGCUAUGACGUCAGUGACGAGGGAGGCUAUGACGUCAGUGAGGGAGGCUAUGACGUCAGUGACGAGGGAGGAAAGAACACCUGGACAGAUAAGGUGGAGGAUAAGGGUGAUAAGGUCGAGCAGCAGCAGCAGCAGCAGGAGGGUGGAGGGUGA